AUGCAUGGCGCCCCAGGAGACAGGCCCCGGGGCGAGGGGCCCAGGGGCGCGGAUGGGGUCCCCGCAGCCUCGUGUUGGGAGGAGGCCCAGAGCAGGCCCAGCCACUCCUGGCGCCAGCAGCCCUCCUGCCCCUCAGAGCUCGUUUCCCAAACAGCACCGCCUCCCCUCCCAGCUGGGCCGCCAGGGUUUAGCAGGCCACAGUGCAGCCCAGACGGGCAGGGGCUCGUGAGCCCGGCCGCCGGUCGCCCAGCCCGGCCCUGCCUGCGGGGGCGCAGGGCGGGCAGCGGCCCCGGGAGGGGAGCUGGGGCCUCGCCACCCGCCGUCCGCACGGCCCUGCUGCUCCUGGGGCUCUGGGGGCUCCUCCGCACCUGCACCCACACCCCCUCCCCGGCCCCCCGCUGGCCCCCGGGGCCGCGCCCUCUGCCCCUCAUCGGGAACCUACAUUUGCUGCGUGUGUCACAGCAGGACCAGUCGCUGAGGGAGCUCGAGGAACAGUGCGGGCCAGUGUUCACCGUCCAUCUGGGGCGCCAGAAGACGGUGGUGCUGACCGGCUACGAGGCGGUGAGGGAGGCCCUGCUGGGCACCGGACAGGAGCUGGCCAGCCGGCCCCCCAUCGCCAUCUGCCAGCUCAUCCAGGGAGGCGGGGUAGGCAUCUUCUUCUCCUCCGGGGCGCGCUGCAGGGCCGCCCGCCAGCUCACCACGCGCACCCUCCACGGCCUGGGCGUGGGGAGGGCGCCCGUGGCCGACAAGGUCCUGCAGGAGCCGAGGCGCCUCACGGCGCAGCUGCACAGCUACGGAGGCCGGCCCUUCCCGCUGGCCCUGCUCGGCUGGGCUCCCUCCACCAUCACCUUCAUGCCCCUCUUCGGGCAGCGGUUCAACUACCGCGAUCCCAUGUCCGUGUCGCUGCUGGGCCUCAUUGACGACGUCAUGGUCCUCUUGGGGACGCCCAGCCUGCAGCUGUUCAACAUCUACCCUUGGCUCGGGGCCCUCCUCCAGCUGCACCGGCCCGUCCUGCAGAAGGUGGAGGUGGUGCGGGCCAUCCUGAGGACCCUCCUGGAGGCUCGGCGGCCCCCCGCGCCUGGGCGAGGGCCCGUGCGGAGCUACCUGGACUUCCUGAUCCAGCAGGGCCAGGGGAAAGACCCCGAGGGCCUGUUUGCCGAGGCCAACAUGGUGGCCUGUGCUCUGGAUAUGGUCAUGGCUGGCACGGAGACAACGUCCGCCACGCUGCAGUGGGCCGCCCUCCUGAUGGGCAAGCACCCGAGCGUGCAGGGCUGGGUGCAGGAGGAGCUGGACCGAGUGCUGGGGCCUGGGCGGCCCCCCCGGCUGGAGGACCAGCGCUCCCUGCCCUACACCAACGCCGUGCUGCACGAGGUCCAGCGCUUCAUCACCCUGCUGCCCCACGUGCUGCGGUGCACGGCCUCCGACACCCAGCUGGGCGGCUACCUGCUCCCCAAGGUGGGAGGGCCAGGCACGCCUGUGGUGCCCCUCCUGAGCUCCGCGCUCCUGGACAAGACGCAGUGGGAGACCCCCCGCAAGCUCAGCCCGGGCCACUUCCUGGACGCCGACGGGCGCUUCGUGAAGCGGGCGGCCUUCCUGCCUUUUUCCGCAGGCUGCCGCGUCUGCGUGGGGGAGAGCCUGGCCAGGUCGGCGCUGUUCCUGCUGCUCGCAGGCCUCCUGCAGAGGUACCGCCUGCUGCCCCCGCCCGGCCUCAGCGCCGCCACCCUGGACACCACGCCCGCCCUGGCCUUCACCACGCGGCCGCCAGCCCAGGCCCUGUGUGCGGUGCCCAGGCUGCAGGGCCGCUGA